AUGACAGAUCUCCUCUCAAAGUAUAAGGGGACAACAAUCGACAAUUUACCAACACCAUGCUUUGUUAUUAAUGAGAAAAAGUUCAAAUCCAAUUGUCGGAAUAUGUUGAAUAGUAUCCAUAAGUUAGAAGAUAAUGUUGGAAAACAUAUCUCUUUCCGAGCACAUGUCAAGACUCACAAAACAGCUCAAGGUACUUUUAAACAACUGGGACAUGGUGUUGCUUCCAGCAAAGGUUCUAAUUCUAUUUUAGUUUCCACAAUUAAGGAAGCGAAAGGGAUUUUAGAUUACCAAGAAGUAAUGAAUCUUGAUUAUGUGAAAGAUAUUGCAUUCAGUCUACCUGCAUGUGUUCCUAGUUACAUUCGAGAACUAUCACAUCUUUCAAAAAGGGUCAAUUAUUUGAGGGUUUUCGUAGACAAUAUUGAGCAUCUUGAGAACCUACGCAGAUUUGGACCUCCUUCAAGCAACAGUAAAUGGUCAAUUUUUGUUAAAAUCGAUAUGGGAACACAUCGUGCUGGUAUUCCUACCGAUAAUAAAGAUUUCUUAAACCUUCUAAAAAGAUUAUUCUCUCCAGAUAUCCAAAAAAUAGCAAACUGUUAUGGGUUUUAUGCACAUUGUGGACAUAGCUAUUCAGCUCGUUCUGUGAAGGAAGCUGCCAAUUUCUUAAAGGAGGAAAUUGUUGCAGUCAAUACUGCUGCCAAAAUAGCGUUAUCAAUCGAGCCGGGGUUAGAACCCUCUGGAUUAGUACUUUCCGUGGGAGCCACUCCAACUUCAAACUCCCUUCAAAUACUGGAAGAUGGAGCUUUAAUAGAAUAUAUUAAAGAAGAAUUGAUAAGUGCAUUGGAGAUCCACUGCGGUAACUAUUGUUUGUAUGACUUACAACAAGUGUCGACAAAAUGUGUUGAAUUAGACGAUAUCGCAGGCACCGUAUUGGGUACGGUUGUUUCCUCAUAUGAAUCAAGAAUGGAAAUCUUGACGGAUACAGGUGUAAUGUCUUUGACCCGUGAAACUUCAGCGUACAAAGGGUUUGGUCUAUGUCGUGAUCUAAGUAGUAUAAUGCAAGAUACGAGGCCAAAUAUUGAAUGGUAUGUAGAUAGAGUCUCACAAGAACACGGUAUCUUGAAAAAGUACGAUGCAAAGGGGGAACAACAAGAGUUAUUACCCUUAGGUUCUAAAGUCGCAAUAUUACCACAGCACGCCUGUAUCGUGAUGGGCCAGUUUGACUUCUACUUUAUUUUAGAUGAACAGAACCAAGUUGUUGAUGUCUGGACCCCAUUCCAGAAAUGGUAG